GUUUCAAGGAAGUGUAAAAAACCAGCGAGCCGUGGGGUAACCGAGCAGGUAGAUGCUGACAGCUGUGUAGCGGUAAAACAGUGGUGUCUGUCACCAGUUGAGCAGUUUGGAUUAUUAGACGACAGCUGAAAAUGACUUCCGAGGUUUUCUCCUAUGAGAGCUUGGUUCAUGCUGUGGCAGGAGCAGCGGGAAGUGUGACUGCAAUGACAGUAUUCUUCCCUCUAGAUACUGCCAGAUUACGGCUUCAAGUGGAUGAAAAUAGGAAGGCCAAAUCUACACCAGCCAUUCUGGCUGACAUCGUCAAAGAAGAAGGACUACUAGCGCCCUACAGAGGAUGGUUCCCUGUCAUCUGUAGUCUGUGCUGCUCCAACUUUGUCUACUUUUACUGCUUCCACUGGAUGAAGGCCAGCUGGCUGAAGGGCAGGCAGUCAACACCCAGCAUUGACCUUAUUGUAGGCAUUGCUGCAGGGGUUAUAAAUGUCCUGCUGACCACUCCUUUGUGGGUGGUCAACACCAGGCUGAAGCUGCAGGGCUCCAAGUUUCGCAAUGCAGACAUUUGACCAAACUACUCUGGUAUCCUGGAUGCAUUUGAACAGAUCAUCUGUAAAGAGGGUGUCGGAGCACUCUGGAACGGGACCUUCCCUACCUUGCUGCUGGUGCUGAACCCUGCCAUUCAGUUCAUGAUUUAUGAAGGUCUAAAAAGGCAGUUGAGGAGAGGGGCUCCCAGGGAGCUUUCGUCUCUGGAGGUCUUCAUCAUCGGGGCUGUCGCCAAAGCUGUUGCCACCACUGCUACGUACCCACUGCAGACGAUACAGUCCAUCCUCAGGUUUGGUCAGUUCAACACCCCGACAGAGAAGUCAAAACUGCUGUCCAGCCUGAAGACCAUCAAGGGUCUACUGGUAAAUAGAGCGAGGAAACAUGGCGUGUUGGGUCUGUUCAAAGGCCUGGAGGCCAAGCUAUUACAGACUGUGCUGACCGCUGCCCUCAUGUUCCUUCUCUAUGAGAAGAUUGCCAGCUGUACCUUCAAAGUCAUGGGACUGGGCGGCCCCCACUACAAGAAGCACUAACCAGCAACCAGAGAGACAACCCUGGUCACUUGACAACAUAAAUGCACUGUGAUGAUGACUGGAUGUGAUCUCAUUUUUAGAGUAAUUCAUUCACCAAACGAUAAACCGUUCUGAAUAAACCACUACUGAUAUUUAUGGUGAUUUUCUUCUGUUUUUUUUUUUCUGAAAGAAAAAUGUUGAUAUGAGAAUUGUGGCGUUGUUGCAAAUCACAGGUCAAUCUAUAAGUGUCUUGAUCCCUGCACUCAUUCAGUUUUCCCUCAAAGCUGAAAACGAUUCCAGCUCAUUGGUUUUCAGUCUUGUUGACUUCUCAUCUCCAAAUAGGUGAUGAGGACCAGUAGAAUCAGAGAGAAUCAGAGUUGUGCCAUAAGGUGUUUCCCUUGGAGAUAAUGUAGUAAAGGUAUUUGGUUCAAACCAGAUGUUUAGGCAGAUUUCCUGUAUGCAUAAUAUAUGUGAACAACAGCUCUCAUUAAACUCUUUAAAAGUAUCUGCAUUCAUUUUGUUCUUUGUACUUUUUUUUUUUUUUUUGUUAGUUAGUUUUUUUCCUUUUAUCAACAACUGUUGGGUACAUCUUUGUUUACCAGAAUUUACAUUUUUUUUUCUUUUAGAUUUCUAGUUUCUUCUGAUAUUUGGACAAGGACUCUGUUGAUAGUUGUAUUCAUAAUCCCAUUACAAAUGAUAUAUUAAAAACAGUUUGAACUCUUAA